AUGGUAGAGGGAGAGGUAUGGAAACAUGUUGUCCAGAAAGGAGACACGGUCAUCGAUGCCACGUGCGGUAAUGGUUUUGACACCUUAGCAUUGCUCAACUUGGUUGCUGAUGAUGAUUCACAUAAUGGUUACGUGUAUGCAUUGGACAUUCAGAAAGAUGCUUUAGAUAAGACUUCAUUGUUGCUGGAGGAAUCACUUAAUUCCAAUGAGUCUGAGCUCUAUCUUAAUAAGCUGCGUAGUUUUAGGCUUAUUGCCUUCAACUUAGGUUACCUUCCGGGAGGCGACAAAGAAAUAAUAACAAGAUCAGAAACAACAUUACUGGCAUUGGAAGCUGCAAAGAGAAUUCUAAUACCAGGAGGACUCAUUGGCAUUGUGGUAUAUAUCGGCCACCCCGGUGGAAGGGAAGAAUUGGAGGCUGUUGAAACUUUUUCUGCUAAAUUGUCUGUUGAGAAUUGGAUCUGUUGCAAGCUUCAAAUGUUAAACCGGCCAUGUGCUCCGAUACCAAUUUUCUUGUUCAGAAGAUAA